AAAUUCCCGCGCUUUGUUGUAUUAUAUUGGGUCAAGGUGCCGGCAUCGAGAAGAUGGAAGUGAAAGCGGAUGGCGGUGCUUUCGUUGAAUUCAGCGGUUCCGAUCUGCCGGAGCUUCUCAAAGUGUAUUACAAGCGAUUGUUCCCGUUUCAUCAUUUCUACCGCUGGUUGUCGUACGGAAACGUUUCUAAAACAUACUUUCUCCACCGGGAAUUCUCGUUCACUCUAAAAGACGACAUCUACGUGAGAUAUCAGUCAUUCAAAGACCAAGCAGAGAUGGAGCGAGAAAUCCAGAAGAUGCUGCCCUACAAAAUAGACAUCGGGGCUGUCUACACUCUCAAGCCUAAAGAACACAAGGCAGUAAAGGCAACGGCUUUUCAGCCGUUAGAGAAGGAGUUGGUGUUCGAUAUUGAUAUGACGGAUUAUGAUGACGUUCGGACGUGUUGCAGCGGGGCUGGUAUAUGUGUGAAGUGUUGGCCGUUGAUGAAGGUGGCAGUUCGUAUUAUUGAUUUGGCGUUGAAAGAUGACUUUGGAUUUUCUCAUUGUCUAUGGGUGUACAGUGGUCGUCGUGGCGUCCACUGUUGGGUGUGUGAUGACACAGCAAGGAAACUUUCAUCAACAGCCAGAUCAGCUAUAGCAGAGUACUUGAGUGUAGUGAAGGGUGGCGAGAGUCAAGUGCGGAAGGUGCAGCUUCACAGUCCCCUUCACCCAUCAUUGCAGCGAGCUGAAGAAAUUGUUAAAGACAAAUUUAAAAAACUUGCACUAGAAAACCAAGACAUACUGGGGAUGCCAGAGCAAGCAGAGAAGGUUCUUGCUCUCAUACCAGACACAACUAUUCAGGAUGAAGUACGUCAGCGGUGGUCGAAAACACACAGAGUUACAUCAGAACAUCGAUGGGAAGAUGUGGUGGCCACACUAAAGUCUGCAUCUGGUUCUCACAAUAAAUGGAAGUUGAAUAUUUGUCUGACAGAAAUUAUGUUUCAAUAUAUUUAUCCUCGAUUGGAUGUUAAUGUUAGUAAAGGCAUCAAUCAUUUGUUGAAGAGUCCGUUUUGUGUGCAUCCAAAGACAGGUCGUGUUUGUGUUCCCUUCGAUGCAGACAACGUAGAAACUUUUGACCCAUUUGCUGUCCCAACCAUCAGUCAAUUAUGUUAUGAGCUGGACCAAGUAGAGUCAGGGAAACGAGCAGAUUGGCGAACAACAAGUUUGAAAAAGAGUGUUGACGUUUUUGCGAGAUUUCUACAGCAUAUGGAAAAAAGUUGGUCGCCAAAAAGGAAAGCAGCACAAGAUGCAUCAGGCGAGUGGUAGACUGGACACUCUGAUGUCUAUGCUAAACGAUCUUGUAGGACAAGUUGUAUAAUACAUUUACAUGAAGUUGUCAUCUGGUAAUGGACAAUAUGUGAUUGCAUCUACUACAAGAAACGCAUUGUGUUUGCUGUUAAUUCGUCUUAAAUUUUUUUACUUGUUGGGACUUCUUUCUCUUUGUAGAGAAACGUUGAUAAGGGUUUUCAUAUACAUACUUUGUCCUUCUAUUGCAAAUAAAUUUACAAGCCUAGUCAA